AAAAAAAAAAAAAAAAAAAAAAACACAUAAAUCAUUAUAUUCCCCUGUCAACAAUCAUAUAUAUUCAUAUAAAUAGAUGAAAAUCCCUGGUAUUCCAAAAGAAGUAUUGAGAACGAUAUUUAGUAAAGGUUCAAGAUUAAUACAACAUGUUGAUUCAUUUACUGUAAAAGCAAUUGCCAAUAAUGAAAAUGUGAAUCGUGUUAUCAUUGUCAAGAGCAAAAAGAGACUUAGUAAACUAGCUGUCAUUAGAGCUCGUGCUGAUCGUCGUAUUAAAUCUGCUUUACAAACUAUUUAUCCCAAAUUAAAGUUAAAAGGAUAUGAUUUUAUAUUCUUUGCAACACCACCUGUAAUCACAACUCCUUGGCCAUUACUUUUAGAACAAGUAACAAAAUCUAUGAAAAAUAUUGAACGAAACGCUUUAUUUAAAGGAGAUUAUAAGAAGGGUAACUCUUUGCACACAAGACAUAAUUUAAAAGACAGUUCUUUUGGAAAAAAAAAAAAGACCAAAAAUGUAUAAAUAAAUUAUGCGUUCUUUAUUUAUUUAUUUAUCUAUCUAUUUAUUUAUUUUCAACAAAGCAUUGAAAUGGACU